AUGGCGGAUCGGACAGCUCCCAGCUGCCAGCUGCGGCUGGAGUGGGUGUACGGGUACCGGGGUCACCAGUGCCGCAACAACCUGUACUACACAGCCGGCAAGGAGGUGGUCUACUUCGUGGCUGGGGUCGGGGUGGUGUACAACACCCGCGAGCACAGCCAGAAAUUCUUCUUGGGACACAACGACGACAUUAUCAGCCUUGCCUUACACCCAGACAAAACUCUGAUCGCAACUGGCCAAGUUGGGAAGGAGCCAUAUAUUUGCAUAUGGGAUUCCUAUAACGUCCAGACUGUUUCUAUUCUUAAAGAUGUCCAUACACAUGGAGUUGCAUGCCUGGCUUUCGACUCAGAUGGGCAGCGUUUAGCCUCUGUGGGAUUGGAUGCCAAAAACACAGUCUGCAUUUGGGACUGGAGGAAGGGAAAACUACUGGCCUCAGCCACUGGCCAUUCUGACCGGAUUUUUGAUAUUUCCUGGGAUCCAUAUCAGCCAAACAGAGUGGUUAGCUGUGGAGUAAAACAUAUAAAGUUUUGGACACUAUGUGGAAAUGCCCUGACUGCAAAAAGAGGGAUAUUUGGCAAAACGGGAGAUCUUCAGACCAUUCUUUGCCUUGCAUGUGCCAAAGAAGACAUCACCUACUCUGGUGCUUUAAAUGGUGACAUCUAUGUCUGGAAAGGGCUCAAUUUAGUCCGUACCAUUCAAGGUGCACACAGUGCUGGAAUCUUUAGCAUGUAUGCAUGUGAAGAAGGCUUUGCCACUGGUGGGCGAGAUGGUUGUAUACGAUUAUGGGAUACUGAUUUCAAACCAAUAACCAAAAUUGAUCUCAGGGAGACAGAACAAGGAUAUAAAGGCCUCUCCAUCCGCAGCGUGUGCUGGAAAGCAGACCGUCUCCUGGCAGGGACCCAGGACAGUGAGAUAUUUGAGGUGAUCGUGCGAGAGCGUGACAAGCCAAUGCUGAUUCUGCAGGGCCACUGUGAGGGGGAGCUCUGGGCUCUGGCCCUGCACCCCAAGAAGCCUCUGGCGGUGACAGGCAGUGAUGACCGCUCUGUCAGGCUGUGGAGCUUGGCCGACCAUGCCUUGAUUGCCCGCUGUAACAUGGAGGAAGCAGUUCGAAGUGUGGCCUUCAGCCCAGAUGGAUCUCAGUUGGCUCUGGGCAUGAAGGAUGGCUCUUUCAUUGUUCUCAGGGUCAGAGAUAUGACAGAAGUGGUUCAUAUCAAAGAUCGAAAAGAAGUCAUUCAUGAAAUGAAAUUUUCUCCAGAUGGUUCUUACCUUGCGGUGGGAUCCAAUGAUGGCCCAGUGGAUGUCUAUGCUGUUGCUCAGCGGUAUAAGAAAAUAGGAGAAUGCAACAAGUCCCUUAGUUUCAUUACACACAUUGACUGGUCCUUGGAUAGUAAAUACUUGCAAACUAAUGAUGGUGCAGGAGAAAGAUUGUUCUACAAAAUGCCAUCUUUGUACACAGAUCUGGAGCAGCUGCAUCCUGUGACAAGGGUCCAGGAUGUUGAAACCUGGGAGCUGGCAGGGGAAAGAAUAGGCCUUCACUGUAGCUUGGGAGCCAAAUUUAGGAAGUAUGUGGGCCAUUCUGCACACGUCACAAACGUCCGCUGGUCCCAUGACUUCCAAUGGGUGUUAAGCACAGGAGGAGCCGACCACUCCGUGUUCCAGUGGAGGUUUAUUCCAGAAGGUGUCAGCAACGGCUUGCUGGAAACCUCACCCCAGGAAGGUGGCACGGACUCCUGCAGUGAAGAGUCUGAUUCUGACUUAUCUGAUGUGCCCGAGUUGGACUCCGAUAUUGAACAAGAAACUCAAAUCAAUUAUGACCGCCAGGUUUACAAAGAAGAUCUACCUCAGCUAAAACAACAAAGCAAAGAGAAAAACCAUGCAGUGCCCUUCCUCAAACGGGAGAAGGCUCCUGAGGACAGCCUGAAACUCCAGUUCAUACAUGGUUACAGAGGCUAUGACUGUAGAAACAACCUGUUCUACACCCAAGCUGGAGAAGUGGUCUACCAUAUUGCCGCAGUUGCUGUUGUGUACAACAGGCAACAACACACCCAGAGACUCUACCUGGGACAUGACGAUGACAUUCUCAGCCUGACCAUCCACCCCGUGAAGGAUUAUGUGGCCACAGGACAGGUGGGAAGAGAUGCGGCUAUCCACGUGUGGGACACACAAACGCUAAAAUGCUUGUCCUUGCUGAAAGGACAGCAUCAGAGAGGGGUGUGCGCCCUCGAGUUUUCAGCUGAUGGAAAAUGUCUGGUGUCCAUUGGUUUGGAUGAUUUUCACAGUAUUGUAUUUUGGGACUGGAAAAAGGGAGAAAAAAUAGCCACAACAAGGGGACAUAAGGAUAAAAUCUUUGUGGUGAAGUGUAACCCACACCAUGUGGAUAAACUGGUCACAGUUGGGAUAAAGCACAUCAAGUUCUGGCAACAAGCAGGUGGAGGCUUCACCUCCAGGAGAGGUGUUUUUGGAAGCGUUGGCAAACUAGAGACGAUGAUGUGUGUUUCUUAUGGGCGAAUGGAAGAUCUCGUGUUCUCGGGAGCCGCCACUGGUGACAUUUUUAUCUGGAAAGAUGUUCUGCUCCUAAAGACAGUGAAAGCUCACGACGGGCCCGUGUUUGCUAUGUAUGCGCUGGAUAAGGGUUUUGUCACAGGUGGAAAGGAUGGAAUUGUGGAGCUCUGGGAUGACAUGUUUGAACGAUGCUUAAAGACCUAUGCCAUUAAGAGAGCAGCAUUGUCAACAAGCUCAAAAGGUCUACUUUUGGAAGAUAACCCUUCAAUUCGUGCCAUCACUCUGGGCCAUGGCCAUAUCCUGGUGGGGACCAAAAAUGGAGAGAUUCUGGAAAUUGAUAAGAGUGGCCCAAUGACGCUGCUUGUACAGGGACACAUGGAAGGAGAAGUGUGGGGUCUGGCGGCUCACCCUCUCCUGCCCAUCUGUGCAACCGUAAGUGACGAUAAGACCCUGCGCAUCUGGGAACUAUCUUCCCAGCACCGUAUGCUGGCAGUACGGAAGCUCAAAAAAGGUGGGAGAUGCUGUGCCUUCUCUCCGGAUGGGAAAGCCUUAGCAGUUGGCUUGAAUGAUGGGAGCUUCCUGGUGGUGAAUGCUGACACUGUGGAAGACAUGGUCUCCUUCCAUCACAGAAGAGAAAUGAUUUCAGAUAUUAAAUUUUCAAAAGAUACAGGAAAAUACCUUGCUGUGGCAUCCCAUGACAACUUUGUGGACAUUUAUAAUGUGCUUACAAGCAAGAGGGUUGGCAUUUGUAAAGGAGCGUCUAGCUACAUCACACAUAUUGACUGGGACUCUCGAGGAAAAUUAUUGCAAGUUAAUUCAGGUGCCAAAGAACAACUAUUUUUUGAAGCUCCGAGAGGCAAGAGACAUAUUAUAAGACCAUCAGAGAUUGAGAAACUCGAGUGGGACACGUGGACCUGUGUCCUGGGGCCCACCUGUGAGGGCAUCUGGCCUGCACACAGCGAUGUGACUGACGUCAAUGCGGCCAGCCUCACCAAAGACUGCGCCCUCUUAGCCACUGGAGAUGACUUCGGUUUUGUUAAGCUUUUUUCAUAUCCUGUCAAGGGACAGCAUGCAAGAUUCAAGAAGUACGUGGGGCACAGUGCUCAUGUCACCAAUGUUAGAUGGCUGCACAAUGACUCUGUGCUACUCACGGUGGGCGGUGCAGACACAGCCUUGAUGAUUUGGACCAGGGAGUUUGUGGGGACCCAGGAGAGCAAGCUGGUAGACAGUGAGGAGUCAGACACAGAUGCUGAGGAGGACGGAGGCUAUGACAGCGACGUUGCUAGAGAAAAGGCCAUUGACUACACUACCAAGAUCUAUGCCGUGAGCAUCAGGGAGAUGGAAGGCACCAAACCACACCAGCAGCUGAAAGAAGUAUCCGUGGAGGAAAGGUAUGGUGUUGCCAGGGGAUCAAGACCACCUGUUAGCCGAGCAGCUCCCCAGCCUGAGAAACUCCAAAAGAACAAUAUCACCAAAAAGAAGAAACUAGUUGAGGAGCUGGCUCUCGACCACGUGUUUGGCUAUAGAGGAUUUGACUGUCGCAACAACCUGCACUACCUUAAUGAUGGCGCUGACAUCAUCUUCCACACAGCAGCGGCUGGCAUCGUCCAGAACCUCUCCACAGGCAGCCAGAGCUUCUACCUGGAGCACACAGAUGACAUCCUCUGCCUCACCGUGAACCAGCACCCCAAGUACAGAAAUGUGGUAGCCACCAGCCAGAUAGGUGAUAGCGCGGAAACCCCAGGAACAACGCCUUCCAUACACAUCUGGGACGCCAUGACCAAACACACCCUCUCCAUGCUGCGGUGCUUCCACUCCAAGGGGGUGAAUUACGUCAACUUCAGUGCGACUGGGAAGCUCCUGGUGUCGGUGGGAGUGGACCCCGAGCAUACCAUCACUGUCUGGAGGUGGCAGGAAGGUGCCAAGGUUGCCAGCCGAGGGGGUCACCUGGAACGCAUAUUUGUGGUAGAAUUCCGCCCAGACUCAGACACCCAAUUUGUAUCCGUGGGGGUGAAACACAUGAAGUUCUGGACCCUGGCAGGCAGUGCCCUGCUUUACAAGAAAGGAGUUAUCGGCUCCAUGGAGGCUGCCAAGAUGCAGACGAUGCUGUCCGUGGCCUUUGGUGCUAACAACCUCACUUUCACGGGUGCCAUCAAUGGAGAUGUGUACGUGUGGAAGGACCACUUCCUCAUCCGGCUGGUUGCCAAGGCUCACACAGGCCCCGUGUUCACAAUGUACACCACCCUCCGGGAUGGCCUCAUCGUGACUGGUGGCAAGGAGCGGCCGACCAAAGAAGGAGGUGCUGUAAAGCUGUGGGACCAGGAGAUGAAGCGCUGCCGGGCCUUCCAGCUGGAGACUGGGCAGCUGGUGGAGUGCGUGCGCUCCGUGUGCCGAGGCAAGGGAAAAAUUUUAGUGGGAACCAAAGAUGGAGAAAUAAUCGAAGUUGGAGAAAAAAAUGCUGCUUCCAACAUCCUGAUUGAUGGACACAUGGAGGGGGAGAUCUGGGGACUGGCUACACACCCCUCUAAAGACAUCUUUAUCUCUGCCAGCAAUGAUGGCACAGCCCGGAUCUGGGACCUGGCUGACAAGAAACUGCUAAACAAGGUGAACCUGGGCCAUGCAGCCAGUUGUGCAGCCUACAGCCCUGAUGGGGAGAUGGUGGCCAUUGGUAUGAAGAAUGGAGAGUUUGUCAUCUUGUUGGUGAACAGCCUGAAAGUGUGGGGGAAAAAACGGGACCGGAAAUCUGCCAUCCAAGAUAUCAGAAUCAGCCCAGACAACCGAUUCUUAGCUGUUGGUUCUUCGGAGCACACAGUUGACUUCUAUGACCUCACUCAGGGCACAAGUCUGAACCGCAUUGGGUACUGCAAAGAUAUCCCAAGCUUUGUCAUUCACAUGGAUUUUUCUGCAGAUAGCAAAUACAUUCAGGUGUCAACAGGAGCUUAUAAGCGCCAGGUGCAUGAGGUCCCCUUGGGGAAGCAGGUAACCGAAGCCAUGGUCAUUGAGAAGAUCACCUGGGCUUCCUGGACAAGCAUCCUGGGAGAUGAAGUCAUUGGAAUUUGGCCUCGAAAUGCAGACAAAGCUGAUGUCAACUGCGCAUGUGUGACCCAUGCUGGCCUGAACAUCGUCACAGGAGAUGAUUUUGGGCUGGUGAAGCUCUUUGAUUUUCCAUGCACAGAAAAAUUUGCCAAACAUAAGCGUUACUUUGGUCACUCCGCACACGUGACGAACAUCCGGUUCUCCUAUGAUGACAAGUAUGUGGUCAGCACUGGAGGAGAUGACUGCAGUGUAUUUGUGUGGCGAUGUCUGUAAAUGCCAGCCAGAAACCUCUUCUGAAUCGCUGCUGCCACUCCUAUCCAGCAACUGCAGAGGCCGUGCCAAGCGGCCUUCGCACCGCCAGCU